AGCGUUAGCACAGACUGAGCUCGGCGUUAAAUACUUCGGCAGCGCUCUUGAGGCGAGUCUGUCCUGUCUUUCGUUCAUUGUAAACUAGUUUCAUACCUUGCUAGCAGCUUGUUAGUUUGUUCAUCUUUCACAAUGGCUUUAUUUUGGUGCAGAACGAUUUAGUCACCGACGCAGAGGUGUUGUUUUUUUCCGUGUAACCGAGAAAUGAUUCGUUGGAAGAUGGGUUGUUUGAGCCAGCUCGGCUUCUUCGUCUUCUUGUUGUUGUUGUUGUUUUUAGCUUCAUUCGCCCAGUGCCGAAGUUUAAAAUGUCCCGAUGGGAAGCCCUGCUCGGACCGACCUCCUGUGGUACUGAUUCCAGGCGAUCUCGGGAACCAGCUGGAGGCUAAGCUAGAUAAACCCAGCGUCGUCCACUAUAUCUGUUACAAGAAGACUACAGAUUACUUCACGCUGUGGCUGAACCUGGAGCUGUUGGUUCCUGUGGCCAUCGACUGCUGGAUCGAUAAUAUGAGGCUGAUCUACAAUCGCACUACUCGAAGUACCGAAGCACCUCCGGGCGUGUACAUCCAGGUGCCUGGCUUUGGCAGCACGUCUGUCCUGGAGUACCUCGACCCGAGUAAACAAAGCGUGGGAAGGUACUUCUUCAAUAUAGUGCAAGCCAUGGUGGAUUGGGGUUACACCAGAGACGGAGAUGUCAGAGGGGCACCUUAUGACUGGAGAAAGGCUCCCAAUGAGAACAAGGAGUACUUUCUGAAUCUGCAGGGGAUGAUUGAGAACAUGACACAUACAUACGGUGGUCCAGUGGUUCUCAUCGCUCACAGCAUGGGCAACAUGUACACACUGUACUUCCUCAACCAGCAGCCACAGGCCUGGAAGGAUAAAUACAUCAAGGCAUUUGUGUGCCUGGGCCCUCCGUGGGCUGGCGUGGCCAAGACACUGCGCGUUAUGGCCAGUGGUGAUAAUAAUCGUAUUCCGCUGAUCAGCCCUCUGACAAUCCGCACCCAGCAGCGGACUGCUGUGUCUACGCCAUGGCUCUUCCCGUAUGCACACACGUGGCCGCAUGAUGUACCGCUCGUCUCCACACCUAGCGCCAACUACACCGUGAAAGACUACGAGCGUUUCUUCAAGGACAUCGGCUUCGAGGAUGGCUGGGCCAUGCGCCAGGAUACGGAGCCUCUGGUGCAGGCCCUGCAGGCCCCCGGGGUUCCUGUGCACUGUCUGUACGGGACAGGCAUUGCCACGGAGGAGAGUUACUACUACAGCACGUUCCCAAACAGCGAGCCCACGGUGGUGAAUGGUGACGGAGAUGGCACAGUGAACUUGAGGAGCGCCAUGCAGUGCAAACGCUGGCAAGCCGAGCAGAAGCAGCCCGUGCAUCUUCUGGAGCUGCCAGGGAAUGAGCAUGUGGCCAUGCUGCUAAACUACACUACCGUUGCAUACAUUAAAAACGUGCUGUUAGCUCCCUGACGCACACAACACUUUCAUCUCCACCCUUUAAUUGGCAGAAAUGAUCAGUCACACCUGACUGAAAGACCUCCGUUCUGCUUUUAUAAUGAAAAUGUUACCCCUUUGAGGUUCACUACUACUUCUGUUUUUAAAUGCUUUGGUUUUUCAUUAGAAUAGCGCUUGGCACGAUGCCACUUUAAGAGAAAUGACUGGGGUCAGAUUCCUAACUGAAAAUGCCUCAGUUCUGCUUUUUACACCAAAUCCACCACUACCACUUCUUUAUUUCUGAUUUGAAAAUGUCCAGUGGUUAUGUGGGUACCUGUGUCUUGGAGAGUAGUUAGAUGGAUACAUUAGUCUGUUUAAACAUGAGGGAUCUCUAACGAGUUAUUCCAUGUGUAUGUUCUUGGACACAGUCAGAAAAGGAGUGCAAGUUUGUAUGUGGGUUGUUAAAAUUUUUUGUAUUUUUAAGUUAUUAAUGUCAUUUUAAAUUAUUUCACUUCUGCUAAUACUAAUGUACCUGUGAUUUUUUUUUUUUUUUUUUUUCUUCUCACUUCUCUGAGAACUGCGGUGAAUCAUGAUACUGCUAUGACUUUGAUUAUUGUUAAUUAUACCAAAAAUAUUGUUUUAUUAGAUAUAAAUUAGGUUAUAUUUUGAAUGUAUUAUUAUUGAUUUUUUUUUUUUUUUGCUUAUAUUUAAUUUAAAUCCGAGGCUAAAAAGACACAGCUGCCUUUGCAGACAUGCACAAGGCAGAGAUCUGAACUUUGGUCAUUCCAUCACCAGUAUAUUCAUGCUGACAUGUUUACGGUGAACUCGGUUGUUCUGUGAUCUGUACUAAGUUUUCAUUCCCAGAUCAACUUGUAAAAUUUACAUUAGUACAGAAUCAAAAAAUCUCAUCUAUAUAUAAAAAAUUAUACAGUUUAAAUGCCAUACUUCCCAGGUAUAACCUUUCAUAUACAGUCAAACUGAAGGUGUAUAUAUAGCAUUACAUGUAAAUAGCAUUGUAUUUCUUAAGAAGAGAUUUAUGAGUCUUUUUAAUGUUCAUUAUGAAUGGAUUUUGACUAAUUUUUGCUGUAAAACCUCUUUGUUCCAAAUGUGCCCUUAAUGCAUUUAUUGCAAGUCAGAUGUGCUGCCCAAGUACUUGCCUAAUUGUUGGUUUAAGAAUCAAGAGAAAUGAUUGUUCAGUUUCUGUAGCUAUCGGUCGUUAUUUUUGCUGUUAUUCUGGUAAAGUAGUGGGUUCUGGAGGUCAAACGGGACUCAUUUCAACAUUAAGUAUUUGGGUUUCUUGCAUGUUUUACCACCAUUUUAUUGAUUUGUUGUUUUAUUAAAUUUAUUUUUGGUGGGUUAAAGGGAUGUGAUAACUGUAUUAUUGAUGAACAGCUUUACUCAGUGCUGUCCUAGAAUGCCAUUUCCUUGGUUCUGUGACUGUGAUCCCAUGAGCCCUUACAAAUCAGUAUUGCUCAUUUUAGUUACAAAGAGAAAAUGCUCUUGUUGUGCCUUUUUUAAACUUGUCAAGAGUGUUUGUAUUCUACACUGGUUGAACAAUGUGGAUUUUAAGGUUAACCUGUCCUCUGUCUGACUCAUUUUCUCAGGUGUUUUACAAUACCAGGUUUUGCAGGAAGGUAGUGGUGGCUCAGCAGUUAAGGCUUUGGGCUAUUAAUUAGAAGCACUUCCAAAGCUGCCAUCAUAGAGGCCCUUAAGCAAGUUCCUUAAACUGUAUUUGGUAAUGUCAAUUGUAAAUAAAUGAAUGAAUGAUUAAAUGUG